AAGCUGGAACACAAUACCUGUAUGCAUGAAAAGGUUGUCACUUGUCACAACUGACAGGCUUUCAUCUCAUGGAAAUUUUCUUCCCUUGUGCACUUUUCCCCUGGCAGUGGACAUGGCUGAACUCUUCCAAGAAGCGAGCAGCUGUCCCGUCUGCUCAGACUAUCUAGAAAAACCAAUGUCCCUGGAGUGUGGAUGCAGCGUCUGCCUCAAGUGCAUCAACUCACUGCAGAAGGAGCCCCGUGGGGAGGACCUACUUUGCUGUUGCUGUUCUGCGGUCUCUCAGAAGAACAAAGUCAGGCCCAAUCGGCAGCUAGAGAGGCUGGUUUCCCACAUCAAGGAACUGGAGCCCAAGCUGAAGAAGAUUCUGCAGAUGAACCCAAGGAUGCGCAAGUUCCAAGUGGAUAUGACCUUGGAUGCCAACACAGCCAACAACUUCCUCCUCAUUUCUGAUGACCUCAGGAGCGUCCGAAGUGGGCGCAUCAGACAGAAUCGGCAAGACCUUGCCGAGAGAUUUGACUUGUCCAUUUGUGUCCUGGGCUCCUCUCGCUUUACCUGUGGCCGCCACUACUGGGAGGUAGACGUGGGAACAAGCACAGAAUGGGACCUGGGAAUCUGCAGAGAAUCUGUUCACCGCAAAGGGAGGAUCCAGCUGACCACAGAGCACGGAUUCUGGACUGUGAGUUUGAGGGCUGGAAGCUGCCUCUCUGCCAGCACGGUGCCGCUGACUUUCCUCUUUGUAGAUGGCAAGCUACAGCGAGUGGGGAUUUUUCUGGAUAUGGGCAUGCAGAACGUUUCCUUUUUUGAUGCUGAAGGUGGUUCCCAUGUCUAUACAUUCAGGAGAGUCUCUGCUGAGGAGCCACUGCGCCCGUUUUUGGCUCCUUCAAUUCCACCUAAUGGUGAUCAGGGUGUCUUGAGUAUCUGUCCUGUGAUGAACCCAGGCACUACUGAUGCUCCAGUCCAUCCUGGGGAGGCCAAACAAACCCCCACUGCAAAAAAACAAAAAACAGGGUAAGAAAAUUACUUGGGUGGGUAGACUUGGAAACUUUCUACUUGGUAAAAGCGUUAUACAAAGUCAUAGGAGAAAAAAACGGGACAUGUCAUGAUUGUAUUUAAUCUAAUUUGAUUAGAUUAUAAAUUGAGUCCUAAGUAUUAAUUAUUGCCACUAUCCAACUCAUUGAGUCUUAUGUUCACAUCUUGUUUCCUAUAGAAAUGUCCUGUAUUCUGGGAUCAAUUUCCAAAUGCUUUACUUUUUUAUUUCUGUAAGUUCAAAUUAAUGUAUUAUAGAAGUUAUGAGUUAAAUAAACAUUGGAAUAUCA